AUGGAGUCUCAAGAAGAAGAUAUGGCUGAGACCAUCCAGUUGGCACAAGCCGUUGGUGGGAACGUAGACUCCUCUAAUGUCAAACAAGAUGCCAGACAAGAAAUGGUAGCUAUUUUAUGGGUGCAGAAGACAAGGAAGCACUGUAAAGAGUGGAUGUCAAAAUUCUGGUGGCUAUGCCUAGCUUUUGUACUUGUGCUGGUGGCGGUCGUCAUCCCUGUAUAUGUUGUAAAUUGUGGCCACAGAAAAAUUCCUUCUCAACAGUGCCCCAGCGAGUGGAUAGGUUACAAAAAUACAUGUUAUUUCAUCUCAGAAGAGGAGAAGAACUGGACAUCUAGUCAGACCUUCUGCACUCAGAAUGAAUCCUUCCUAGCCUUUUUUGAAAACCGGGAAGAAAUGCAUUCUUUAGUUAAGCGUUUGAAAAUAGAUGACGUCUGGAUUGGAUUGAGCAAGAAGGGUGAAAGCUUCUACUGGGAGAAUGGUAUUCCCUUGAAGGUGGACACGUUCCAGAUACGGAAUCACUCUGAAUGUGCCUACUUGGAUGUCGCCACUAUUUCUACAUCAGCAUGCUCUUUGCCCAGGCGCUGGAUCUGUAUGCGCCAUCUUUAA